AAUACCUUCCAAUCUUUUGAGCAAUUCCUAAGCAUAAAACCAAAAAUAAAAGAAAAAGGUAAAACAAUAAUAAAAAUAAAAAGGACAAAAAAAGUCCCAAACUACAACAACAGCAAAAGAAAUAUAGAACAUCGCCAUCAUGGUUAAAGACAAAGACCAAACAGAGUCUUACAUAAUAAAAGCUUCCACUGCAUUGCUUUUCUUCUACUUCCCCUCUUCCGUUAGCAAGUCCUCUCUCUAUUUGGCGGGAGGGUGGACCCCACCAAUCGAAAAUCCACCUCUAUCAUUAGUCUCUUUCUCAUAAAUACCACCCUCCACCACUCAAGUCCCAACCACCCCACCUUUCUUUCACUUCCCCAAAACUUUUCAACCUGCUUUCUCUUCUUCUUCCUUCUUCUUCUUCUUCUUCUGUACCAACUAAAACCACCAAAACGACUCGUUUUGUUAGCUUGUUAGCUUCUUUCCAUUUCUCUGCAAAACCCAAAAAAGGGUUUUGAGACAUGAAGAAGAAGAGCUUUUCUUUGUUGGUGAUCUUCUUUCUUGUUUGCUUGCAAGCUUUGGAGCUCUGUUUGUCACUCACCCAAGACGGUCUUUCACUUCUCUCUUUGAAAUCUGCUGUUGAUCAACCUUCCGAUGGCUCCGUUUUCUCUGACUGGAAUGAGGGCGAUCCUACCCCUUGUCAGUGGUCCGGCAUUUCUUGUAUGAAUAUCAGUGGGUUUGCCGAGCCACGUGUCGUCGGAAUCGCUAUCGCCGGGAAGAAUCUACAUGGGUAUAUUCCGUCUGAGCUUGGUAGCUUGAUUUAUCUCCGGCGGCUUAAUCUUCAUACCAACAAUUUCUAUGGUUCUAUACCUGAGCAGAUUUUCAAUGCGACGUCGUUGCAUAGUCUAUUCCUUUACAGUAACAAUCUCUCUGGUACUCUUCCUCCUUCGAUCUGUAACCUACGCAGGAUUCAGAAUAUCGAUCUCUCUAACAAUUCUUUAUCCGGUACGAUUUCCAAGGAGUUCAAGAAUUGCAACCAAUUGCAGAGGUUAAUACUCGCCCGGAACAAAUUUUCCGGCGAAAUUCCGAAGGGUAUUUGGUCCGGAAUGGAAGAUUUGCUUCAGCUCGACCUCUCAGCGAACGAUUUCAGCGGUUCGAUUCCCGAAGAUAUUGGCGAGCUCAAGUCUCUGUCCGGCACGCUCAACCUCUCGUACAACCAUUUAUCCGGAAAAUUGCCUAAAUCUCUCGGGAAUUUACCGGUCAUGGUGAGUUUCGAUCUGCGACACAACAAUUUGAGCGGCGAGAUUCCCCAGACGGGGUCGUUUGCGAAUCAAGGUCCUACCGCAUUUCUCGGGAACCCUCAACUAUGCGGGUUUCCUCUCCAGAAACCAUGCCGUAACUCGGCUCAGAAGUCGCCGGGAAGUUCAAAUUCCGGCAAGGGUUCCGAUAACGGGUCAAAGAAAGGUCUGAGUCCAGGUUUGAUCAUUCUGAUCUCAUUAGCCGAUGCUGCCGCAGUGGCAUUUAUCGGCUUGGUCGUCGUCUACAUUUACUGGAAAAAGAAAGACAAUUCCAAUGGGUGUAGCUGUACUGGGAAAAGGAAAUUCGGAGACAAUGAAAAAGCCCAACUCUGUGCUUGUCCUUGCAUCAAUGGAUUUGGCAAUGAGGAUUCAGAAAUGGAAGAACCAGAGAAAACAGAGAGGGGGAGAGGAGAAGGAGACCUUGUGGCCAUUGACAAAGGUUUUACUUUCGAGCUCGACGAGCUUCUUAGAGCUUCGGCUUACGUAUUGGGCAAAAGCGGGUUGGGAAUCGUGUACAAAGUUGUCCUGGGUAAUGGGAUUCCGGUGGCUGUGAGGAGGCUCGGAGAAGGUGGAGAGCAGAGGUAUAAGGAAUUUGUGGCAGAGGUUCAGGCUAUUGGGCGGAUUAAACAUCCAAAUAUUGUGAAAUUGAGAGCUUAUUAUUGGGCUCCUGAUGAGAAGCUUCUUAUCAGUGAUUUCAUCACCAAUGGCAACUUGGGUUACGCUCUUCGCGGGAGAAGUGGUCAGCCAUCAACGAGCCUCUCAUGGUCAACAAGGCUUAGAAUUGCCAAAGGAACAGCUAGGGGCUUGGCUUACCUCCAUGAAUGCAGUCCAAGGAAAUUCGUCCAUGGAGAUAUAAAACCAUCAAACAUCCUCCUCGACAAUGAAUUCCAACCCUUGAUUUCUGAUUUUGGACUCAACAGACUGAUUAACAUCACGGGUAAUAACCCUUCUUCUGGUGGCUUCAUUGGUGGAGCUCUUCCUUACUUAAAGUCGGUCCAAACAGAGAAAACAAAUAAUUACCGUGCCCCAGAGGCUAGAGUCCCAGGCAACAGACCUACUCAAAAAUGGGAUGUUUAUUCAUUUGGUGUUGUCUUACUCGAAUUACUCACCGGAAAGUCCCCGGAACUCUCACCGACGACAUCGACUUCGAUAGAGAUCCCAGACCUAGUGAGAUGGGUGAGGAAAGGAUUUGAGGAGGAAAACCCUUUAUCGGACAUGGUUGACCAUGUGCUGCUUGAAGAAGUACAUGCCAAAAAGGAAGUGAUAGCAGUGUUUCAUGUUGCCCUUGCAUGCACUGAGGCAGACCCUGAGGUUCGGCCAAGGAUGAAAACUGUCUCGGAAAAUCUUGAGAGGAUUGGGACGUAAGAAACUGAUGCUUUAGAUGAACAUAUAUAGUCAUGAAUUGGCAACAAUUUUUUUUUUUUUUCUCCUUGAAUUUGCAGAGGGAAUUUUCACUUGUCCAUGGUGAAUUCUGCAAGGUUAUGGUGGCAUUAUUCAAUCAGGAUCCUUGGAAAUUCAACUUCUUUUUUUCUGACCAAAACCAUAAAUUUUUUUUGGGAAGUAAAACAAUUUUCUUUGUAGCAUCCUUUUGGAAAUCCAAUUUGUUUUUUUAUUUUUUUGUUAUAAGUAAGAAGCAGCUGCAUUUUUGUAAUUUAAGUUUCUAUAGCAAUUCCCACAGAAUGUGUUUGUAAUAAUGUUACUUUAUGCUAUCUCCAAAAUCUUGAAUUCGAUUA